CACAGGCCCCACGCGGCUUCGGUAUAUUUGACGACGUCCGCGUUGUUGGAUCUUAAAGUCCCUAUUGAAACUGUUGCCGACAAUGCUUGCCCAUGGGAUCAUUGCUUUCUUCAGUUGGUGUAUCGUUUGUGAAAUCCACACCCGAAAACAUCUGAUCGACGGGAUUCUUUGCGGUAUCAUUGCUUGUGCAAUUGAUUUAGAUCAUUUUAUAGCUGCUAAAUCUUUCAAAAUUAAGGUAAGAGACACAAAUCAGCGAGCGGUACUGUACCUGUUGACUGUUGUCUUCAUUGUGGUGCCAAUGUUACAAGUGUGGCUUGCACAGAACAAUUGCUUUCUUCAAUCCCUACCAUACUUGUUUACAGUUGGUGUUAUUUCACACCACUUGCAUGAUGGGAACAGGUGUGGCUUAUGUUUUUGGCCCCUUGGGAGUACACCACCUCUGCCAUACUGGAUAUACAUAUGUUGUAUUGUUGCCCUACCUUUUAUUGUCAAAGAAACAAAAGCUAACAUUGACAAGCUGGUUGUUAUUCCUGUAGCUGAAAACAAUGUAGUCCUUUUGGAUGAAUGA